AAAAAUAUGUCAAAGACGGAGAAAGCUGGAGCUCAACAAACAUCACUUCUUGAUGUUCUAAAGAAGAAAAUGCGACAAGCUCGAGAAGAAGCCGAAGCAGCUAAAGAUGAAGCUGAUGAAGUUAAGCGUUUACUUGAAGAGGAACGUAAAAAACGUGAAGAAGCAGAAGCUGAGGUGGCGGCAUUAAAUCGUCGUAUUGUGCUUGUGGAAGAGGAUCUGGAACGAACAGAAGAUCGACUUAAAAUAGCAACAGGCAAACUUGACGAAGCAUCAAAAGCAGCUGAUGAAGCUGAACGACUUAUCCCGAGUACCGCUGAAGCAGAAGUUGCUGCUUUAAAUCGUCGUAUGACGUUACUCGAAGAAGAACUUGAACGCGCCGAGGAACGGCUUAAGAUUGCUACUGAUAAACUCGAAGAAGCAACACAUACUGCUGAUGAAUCCGAGCGUGCACGUAAAUCAAUGGAAACUCGUUCACAACAAGAUGAAGAACGUGCAAAUAUACUUGAAGUUCAAGUUGAUGAAGCUAAAGUAAUUGCAGAAGAUGCUGAUCGAAAGUAUGAAGAGGUUUGUCUUCUCAAUAAAUUAUUCAGUGCACGAAAAGCUCUCGAGAAUCGUGUUGAUGUGGAUCAUGAUCGAUGUGUAGAACUUGAAACUAAACUGCGAGAAGCUCAAGCUCUACUUGCUGAAACUGAAAAUAAAUCCGACGAGGUACCCUUAUUCCUUGAACUUUUAAUGAAUUUUUAUGGUAAACUAGGUGGAUUUAGCGUACGCAAAGUUAUGGAGAAUCGUUCAUUUCAAGAUGAAGAACGAGCAAACACGGUCGAAUCACAACUUAAGGAAGCACAAAUGCUUGCUGAAGAAGCUGAUCGAAAAUAUGACGAGGUAGCUCGCAAACUUGCAAUGGUUGAAGCAGAUCUUGAACGUGCUGAAGAGCGUGCUGAAGCCGGUGAAAAAAAUGUACGUGAAAUGGAAAAAGAACUAAGAGCCAUUGGUCUUAAUCUGAAAACGUUAGAAGUAAACGAGGAACGUGCAUUACAACGCGAAAGUUCAUUCUCGGAUCAUGUGCGAUGCUUACAGAAUCGUAUAAAAGAGGCAAGUGGACAUCUUAACAAAAUCGUAGAACUCGAGGAAGAGCUUCGCGUUGUUGGAAAUAAUCUGAAAUCGCUCGAAGUUUCCGAAGAAAAAGCGUUACAACGUGAGGAUUCCUAUGAAGAACAAAUUCGCACCAUAUCAGCACGUCUAAAGGAGGCUGAAACUCGCGCAGAAUUCGCUGAAAGAUCUGUUCAAAAGUUGCAAAAGGAAGUAGAUAGAUUGGAAGACGAAUUAUUGGUGGAAAAGGAACGUGUACGUAAUCUUACGGAAGAAAUCGAGCAAACCGUUCAGGAAAUUCAAGGAUCGUAG